AUGAUUACCCCUCAAUCCUCUCCCUUGCCUUAUGAGAGUCCAUUGCGGCGAUGGCGUACCUCUGGUACUGACUGGAACCAAUAUGGACUCUCCGUWAGGGAUGCGGUGUUGGGAAUACCGCUUAGGGAGUUUGAGGAGUUGGGGGUGGACGAGCAAAUUGCUCGUCUCUAUGAGGUCAAAGGCUCGGGGCUCAUGGCAAGAUUACUUCAAAGAACUCUGAAAAAUUUUAAUAUUCACGAACAAAUUUCCACCUUUCUUACUAAUGAGUAUUGCUUACCAAAUGCCCACAUAUUGCCGAAAAGAUUUUAUUUGAAGUUAGCUGCAACAAAUGUCAUAAUAAUUGUACUUAUAUAUAAAUGCUACUACUUUAUGCGUAUGAGACGAAUUAUUUGCAGUUACUUCUAUCAUAAACGUGAGAAGCAACGUAUAUUAUAUUUAUACAAUAGCUUGCUCCGAAAGAGAAAGACGGUUCGCGAAGUAAUGCGAAUGACUGCAGAAUCUAAUGUGCAUAAGCGGCGAAUACGUCGACGGAUUAACCUUUUAUUGUUUCUUCGAUUAAAAUGGCCAAACUAUUGUAGUUGGUAUAAAUUCUGCGCUGCCACCCGCCUUAAGUGCUUGAUUUGUGAUGGAUUGGAAGAUUUACAUUAUUUCUUCCCAAGGAUUUGUCCAAAUAAUAUAACAGAACUGGCUAGAGAAUGGCGAUGUUAA